UUGAGUCAGUUUGGCAAUCUAUUCAAACUUUUGAAUAUGGCGAUUAUGGUACGAAGUACCGAAAACUUGGCGGGUAUGACAGCGGAAGCUUCCGCCUGCUCUUGCGCAAUUUGCUUACACGAAAUGCCCAAUGGAAAUGAUUGCUGGGUUACUUGUUGCAAUCAUGUCUUUCACAAGCCGUGUAUCGAGCGUUGGGUAACCGACACACCUGACUGUCCUUUUUGCCGUCNGCGAAGUUCGCGUAGAUUGUAUGAGGAAGUACACCAAACAGAUAUUCCUGUGCGGCGUGGAGAAAAUGUCACGAACGCCCAUUUGGGAAACCCCGGAACUGCACCCAUGAAUCUGUUGGAGUUGAACUCUCCACAGGAAAAUACAACACAUACUGCGAGGAGUACCGGAACCCGUCCCCGUAAUAACAGACGCAACCAGCAAGGCGUUAAUUAUGAUCGCAUUGACGACAUGAUCAACGAAUCGGUGAAUCGGUUGUUUGUCAACUUAAACAUAAAUAAUGCUCGGAUGGCCGCAGAGGCUUAUCCUAAUUUACGUGAUCCAACAAUUGAGGGCCAUGAC